GGAGUCGAAGAAGAAGGAAGACGGCAGCUUCUGGUCACGUGAUAACCGUUGAACCAGGAAAAUACACGGUUUGACCAAAACAAACCAAGACCAUCUAGUUGGACAGCCGAAAAACACAUUUUUUGUGAUUGUCUGCUUCCAUACUCGUGACAUCAUGGAUGAAACACUCUUUCAGCUAAAGUUCACGUCCAAACAGCUAGAGAGACUGGCUAAGAAAGCUGAGAAAGAGUCUGAAAAGGAGCAGGCAAAGGUCAAGAAGGCUCUGCAGCAGAAGAAUGUGGAGUGUGCUCGGGUCUAUGCAGAAAAUGCCAUCCGGAAAAAAAACGAAGGCCUGAAUUGGCUGCGCAUGGCGUCUCGCGUUGAUGCCGUGGCAUCUAAAGUCCAAACCGCCGUCACCAUGAAGGGAGUGACUAAAAGCAUGGGCCAGGUGACCAAAGCCCUGGACAAAGCUCUGAACUCGAUGGACCUCCAGAAGGUCUCUGCAGUCAUGGAUAAGUUUGAGACCCAAGUCCAGAACCUUGACGUCCACACCUCAGUGAUGGAAGACUCCAUGAGCUCCGCGAUGACUCUCACCACGCCUCAGGAGCAGGUAGAUGACCUGAUCCACCAAAUAGCAGACGAAAGCGGCCUGGAGGUGAUGGACCAGCUCAGCCAGCUGCCUGCCGGAGCUACUUCCAUCGGAGCAGAGAGUUCACGGAGCCAGGACAAGGAGGACCAGCUGUCUCGACGGUUGGCAGCUCUGCGAAACUGAACGCUGCUGCAAGAGAGUCGACAGAGGGAGAGCUGGAUGGAGGAGGAUGGAAACGGGAUCUGUGUGUUUCUAACGAACUGCUCCUUCUGGGAGGACUUCAUAAACCCCUCGAAUAUCAUCCCCCACUGCCCUGUAAAUAAAUACACAAUCACUCAUCAAUUAGAAAAAUCACCUGAGAGGGUACGAUUGUCUCUCUGGUUAAACCUUCCUGUUUAAGUCAGUCUUCGUUUUCCUCUGGGUUUAGUUUUUCUGUCCUUUUUCAUCCCUUCUCUGCAACCACUGGGAUUUUAGGAUGUAUAAAAACAAACAAAUAAUGAAAGUCAGUUUUAAUGAGCUGUCUCGGUGGUAACAGGGGAGUUGGACGUCUCUGGCUGUGGGUCUGGAUGGGUUGUCAUUGUUUUGUUUCCAGUCAGAAACCAUUCGGUUGGAUGAUCUUGCUGGAGAAAGGAGACACGAUGUCACUCUGAAAUCCAUAUCUGUUUAAAAUAGACAAAAACACUAACUCUCCUUUCUUGAUCAGAUUCAUCUGAGCCUUUUUUUAACAGCUAUAAACAGAGGACAGUCCCUUUGUUUCUCUGUGGGUGACGUUUGCUUCCUGUUUUUUGUUUGUCAGAUUUGUCUUAGAUGCUUUUUCAUGCUCGUAUUCCAGUUUUAUGCUUUGAACGCCUUAUUCGGGAUGCAGUCGCUUGUAUAGGUGCUUCUUCCGCCAGUGCCUGAAGGACAAUAGUUGAGAUGGUGAGUUCUGGUUUCUGUUAGCCAUCAAAGGUGGAUGCUUAUCGACUUUGGAUCUGCAACGCGAUCACUUUUGCGGUUGUGGGUGUUUUAAUUUAAGCCAUCCUGAAACCACAUUCAGAUAUUUUUGGAAGCCCUUCUCACCGUUUCUGAACAGUUUCAGAGUCGCCCUCAAACAAGAUCUAGGGGGCUUUGUGCAGAUGGCACUCAAGGACUGUGUUGGAGGCAACGGUCGAGUCGCCUGUUAGGUGCUUUGCUUUGAUGGGUUUCGGUGUUUCCUGAUUUGUCUGUAGAGGUCAGUGAGAGUAGGGGGGCGGUCAAGAUGGGAGGGGGAGGGGAGGGGAGGCAAGAUCUCCACCUGUAACCAGGAAGCUUCACCCUUUGGAGACAGUUUUCAUUUUGUCAUCCACUGUAACACAGGGAGGGUUUAUUUUUACUCAAGUUCUACAGAUUCUUCAGCACUUUUGUUUUGUAUAUUUAUCUUAUGAAAAUAAAGAAAGUUGUACCCUCAGAAACGCUGUCUUUCAUUUCUGUCGAAUGAGGAGAGAUUACACCCAGUAGGACGAGUUCAGCCACUGCAGGCAUUUGUAGAUGGUACCACAAUCAUGAAAACUAGAUGUGCUUUGCAAGAACCUUCCCUAGAAAACAGGAACUAUUUCGAAGAACUUCAUCUGUUUCCCACUGAGGCUGAAUGUAUUUGCACAUUGAGCCCCAAACACUUCCUGUUUACUUAAUGGUUCAUUGCAUUAAAUCAUUUUUAUUAGAUGUCAUGAAAAU